AUGGGAUAUAAUUUUGGAGAAAUAAUCAAAAACUGGCUCGCGUGCCCAAUGGGCAUUAGCGGAGCCCUACCCAAAGCGGCCAUGUUAAUGUUGCCAGCCAAAAUAGACGAUCGUGUAACGGCAGCAACAUUAGCGUUGCGGGAGACACUAAUUGGUGAAAUUAAUAAUCAAACAAUGGUGAGGUAUGAAUCACCUGAACCUCAAGAUGGAGAAGAAUCGAAGAAACUUUGA